GUUCGUGGGGGGCCUAAACUCAAGCCACGAGUACUUGCUGGGUCGGAUGUUUCAGAAAGGAAGAUAGUUGACUACCAAAUGAUAAUGGCCCAUCGGAAGCAAUACCUUGAAGGUGCUGCCAUCGUAGGAGAGUUCAAAAGACCCCGGGUCAUUAAGAGAAGAGAGUGGAUAUUUGAAAAACGCCCAUCGAAUACAACAAAACGUCUUAUGCAGGAGAUUAGAGGUUUAAUUGACUUCAAACAGAUAUGUCUUGUUGAUAUCUGUAUCAUCCCACGGGAAGAGGUUGGAUAUGAUGACCAGUGCACGAUGGCAGAAGGCCUACGCGCACUUGCCUUGAGGGAUUUCACUCGUCUUUGUGCAACUGGAGACUCCACGCCCACAGAUUCAGGGAAUAAUAUACGGCCAUCAACUAAAUUGAGCCGUGUUAAGUUUGAUCGUCGUUACGAGUUCUGGUCUGGUCGGCCUUUCUGGGUAGACCGCCGUACCAGAGAGACCAUCCUUCUGGAUAUUGACGCGAGCUUAGGUUCGUGA